UAAUAGCUCCUCCCCCAAAUCUAGGUUUCCGGCCGACACCCAAACUAGGGUUUUUGGAAACACAGGAGGAGAGAGAAGAGAGAGCCUCGUCGAUGCCGAAGAAAGGGGCCUCCGUCAUCGCCAUUAGAUCGCUGUCGGCGCUUGCCAAGGUCAGCUCCUCUUCUCCUCCCCCUCCGCCCUCGCCUCUCCUCUCCCGCCCCUCCUCACGUCCUCUUAGUUCUUCGCAGAAGGACCUCGCGGACGCCGUCAAGGCGUCGCUCUUGGUCCUUCGAUUCCGGAGGCUGAGCACGGCCGUGCAGAGGACCGAUUUCGCCGCCGACCCUCCCGGCGGCGGCGAGCGGGAGGUCGCCGGAGAUUCCCAUCCCGGACUCAGUGUCUCUUACCCGCAGAGCCCGCAUGGGUUCUAUGACGAACACUCUUAUCAGCAGAGAAUCGAUGGUGUUCAUGGAGGAAACCCAAUUCCGAGCCCCGACGGGUACCAACGGUGGAAUCUUGGUGAGGGUUAUGGGGGAAACCCCAAUGGGUUUUAUAGGGGGAACCUUUUGAGACAGGGGGCAGAGCGCUUCCCUAUGAAUUCACAUGAGAAUAAUGGUAGAGUCGUUGGGGAACGCUAUCAAAAACCUGACGGGCAUCAUGGAGGGAAUGUAGGACAGGUGACCCAGAGGAAUCCUGAUGGAUUUUAUAGCCAAGAAUACUAUCAGAAUCUUAACGGGCAUCAGAGAGUGGAUACUAAUGGUUACAACACGGUAGGAACUGGAGAGCCACAUAUGAAUCCCGGUGGGUUCUAUGGAGAAAACCAUGGAGGGUUUCAGCAAGACCCUAACAGGCAAUAUGGUUAUAAUCCAGGGCAAAGUUAUCAAAAUCCCAAUUUUUAUCACAGAGAGAGCCCGAGAGGUGAUAUCCAAGAUAAUAUGCAAAGGGUUUAUGAUGAAAGAGCUGGAGAUAUCCAUCAGAGACCAAAUGGGCAUUAUUUAGAAAGACCUGGGGAUUUUCAGCAGAGCCCAAUGGGGUAUCAAGCCGUGAACCCUGUUAAUCCUCAGCAGAACUCUGCUUUUUUCCAUAGUGAAAUUGGAUAUUCUCAACCAAUGAGUUUUUCCCAAACUAGGGAUGGAUUGCCUGCUAGUGAUUCUUCUGAAACUGGUGAGAGUGGUGGCUAUAAGGGUACUAUUGAUGAGCUUGAUGAAUUCUGCAAAGAAGGGAAGAUGAAAGAAGCUGUGGAAGUUUUGGCUUUACUUGAGAAAAAUGGUGUGGUUGUGGACCUCCAUAGAUAUUUGCAGUUGAUUCAAGCAUGUGGGGAGGCAAGGUCUCUAGAAGAAGCAAGAAUUGUCCAUGAUCAUCUGGCACGGACAAUGGUUCAUGUUGAAGUUGGGGUUCAUAACAAGAUUUUGGAUAUGUAUGCCAAGUGCGGUUCGAUGAUUCAUGCUUACCAAUUGUUUGAGAACAUGCCCCAGCGGAACUUGACAUCUUGGGAUACUAUGAUUAUGGGUCUUUCUAACAAUGGUCUUGGAGAGGAUGCAAUUGAUCUUUUCAGCGAGUUUAAGCAGAAGGGAUUGAGGCCGGAUGGACAAAUGUUUGUCACUAUUUUUGCUGCUUGUGGCAUUCUCGGAGCAGUCGAUGAGGGAAUGUUGCAUUUUGAAUCGAUGCAGAAGGAUUUUGGAAUAUCUCCUUGCAUGGAACAUUAUGUGAGCAUUGUCAGUAUGCUUGGAAGUGCUGGUUACUUGGAUGAAGCUCUUGAGUUUGUUGAACAAAUGCCUGUUGAGCCAAGUGUAGAUGUUUGGGAAACUCUAAUGAAUCUUUGUAGAGUUAAUGGAAAUGUGGAACUUGGGAAUCGAUGUGCAGAAAUUAUUGAGCAGUUGGAUUCUACUUGGCUAGAUGAACAGACUAAGAUUGGUCUUUUGCCUGUGAAAGCUUCAGACCUGGCAAAGGAGAAAGAAAGAAAGAAGGCUAAUCUACUUGAGGUUAGAAGUAGGGUACAUGAGUAUCGGGCCGGGGACAGGUCCCAUCCUGAGCAUGAGAAGAUUUAUGCGCAGAUAAAAGGUUUGGCACCACAAAUGAAGGAGGCUGGCUAUGUUCCAGAGACACGAUUCGUGCUGCAUGACAUUGACCAAGAAUCAAAGGAGGAGGCUUUGCUUUAUCACAGUGAGAGGCUGGCUGUUGCUUAUGGGCUUAUGACUAGCCCUGCACGUUCACCAAUUCGAAUUAUAAAAAAUCUUCGUGUUUGUGGAGAUUGUCAUAAUGCUAUGAAGAUCAUAUCAAAACUUGUUGGCCGUCAACUUAUUGCACGGGAUGCCAAGAGGUUUCACCAUUUCGAGAAUGGGGUCUGUUCUUGCAAGGAUUAUUGGUGAUAUGGAGCAUGAAAUGGAGGGCCAAGGCGCACCUUUUAUUGAUGGAUUAAAGUAUACAAGUGGAGGUACAGUACAGAAAGGAUUAGGCUACAUCUCAAGGACCUAAUAGUCUACUACAAAGCAUCUUCACACUGUGAUGGCUGCUAAGAUUACAGAGAGGCUUCCAAAGAGAUUUCAGGAUGCAUGAUUCUGUGGAAGACACACUUCUGUGAGCUCUGUUGUUGCAUGAAUUUUCUUUUUCUUAUGCUCAACAAAUAGCUAGGACCAGUUGAUCCCAGCCAGCCUGUAAAUCCUUCUGAAUCUUCUGUCUUCUCCAGUCCCGUCACAGAUGAGGUACAUUAGAAAAAUUUACAUUGAUUCGUAGCUUCUUCAACUUUAUCUUUCGCCAUAUAUAGAUGUCAUAUGCAUAUAAAAAAAUUGGAUGUAUGUUAUCUUCCUGUAACUUUUCUAGAAUUCAAAAGGGUGU